AUGAAGUAUAAUCCAUCGUCUACUUGUUCGAAAGAUAAUAGAGAAAUGAUGGAUAAAAGUUGGAUUUUCCAAAAGAAUAGAUUAUCAGUGGAGUAUUUUGAUGGACUUAAGAGUUUUAUUAAGUUAUCAACUUUGCAUUUAAAUGGUGAAAAUAAGAUUCAAUGUCCAUGUGUUUCAUGUAUGAACUUAUAUUAUCAUGACUUAGAGACAAUUGAGCAUCAUGUAUUCGUAAAAGGAUUUUAUACCAAAUAUCUUAUGUGGGAGUUUCACGGGGAAGAUAUCACAGAAGUAAACGAAGAUCAAGAAGAAGUAGAAUCAAACAAUGAAGAAGACAUACCAUAUGACAGCGAUGAUGAUGAAGACAAUGACGAUAUGAGACCAACAUUAGAAGAUUUAGCUAGUCAAUAUCAUAGGAAGAGUGAUUUUGUGAACCUUGGAGAUUCAAAUGAGCACAAUGAUGAAAGGAAUACAUUGCCUGACUUAUUUGCAGAAGCAGAAAAGGAGUUAUACUUUGGAUGUACAACGUUCUCAAUCUUAACAUUUAUUUUUAAUCUAAUGCACAUUGAAGUGAUGUGUGGUUGGAGUAACAAAUCAUUUGAUUUGUUGCUCGACUUACUUUCGAAAGCAUUUCCCAAAGACAAUAGAAUUCCACGAUCUUAUUAUGACGCUAAGAAAAUGUUGCGUGAUCUUGGUUUAGGGUACGAAACUAUUCAUGUAUGUGAGUAUGAUUGUGCUUUAUUUUGGAAAGAGAAUAAAAAUGCUGAAAAAUGUCCUAUAUGUGGUCAUGAACGAUACAAACUCCAAGGAACUAAAGGCAAGAAGAUCCCACACAAAAAGAUGCAAUAUUUUCCUAUAACUCCACGACUACAGAGACUUUUUAUGUCACGCCAUACAUCAUCUGAUAUGAGGUGGCAUAAGGAAGAACGUGUUGAUACAUAA